AUGCAUUCAAUUACAUGUUUCGAAGUUCUUGUCGGAGUCCUGAUUCUCAAUAAACGUCUUACUUCAGUUAUUUUUGGGUAUGGAAUUAGCGCAGAAAUGCUAAAAUCUCUUUCUCCUUCUCGGAUUCCUGAAAUGGAGAAGAGCAUCUGUUCAACAUGGAUUGAAGGCAUACCCGCGCCGUGGAGACACGCUGUCGUAAUUCCUUCCCACGAGAAGUUAUCGGGAUCACAACUACUCAGGAAUAUCACUACUGCGAGCAAUGCACAAGGUUUUGGAGCGGAUCAUCCUGGACAGUACACCAUCCUGGAUAUCAAAUAUCCCGAAGAAACUACCCGCGAUGAAUUUCGCCAAGGUCGACCGACUGACUAG